UUACCAUACCCAACGGAAUCUAUCAUGGCUGCUGGGGAGAACAUCACAAACUCAUCUACCACCAAUCUGACGUGCCCCGUCAGCAUUGACGACUUCCGGAAUCACGUGUACUCCACAGUGUACUCCAUCGUCACCAUAGUGGGCUUUGUGGGAAAUGGCUUUGUGUUGUGCGUCCUAAUAAGGACCUACCAGGACAAGACAGCUUUCCAGGUGUAUAUGCUCAACCUUGCAAUCUCAGAUCUCCUCUUUGUAUUCACCCUACCUCUGCGGGUGGUGUACUACUUUCACAAAGGCGACUGGUUCUUUGGUGAUUUCUGGUGCCGGAUCACUUCUUACGCGUUGUACGUCAACUUGUACUGUAGCAUCUUCUUCAUGACUGCCAUGAGCUUCUUCCGCUGCAUCGCCAUCGCUUUCCCGGUCCAGAACAUGCAUUUCUUAACGGAGAAAAGAGCCAGGGUGAUCUGUGCUGUUAUCUGGAUUUUCGUGAUGCUGACAAGUUCCCCGUUUCUGCUGAGAGGCUCGUACCUGGAUCAAGCAACCAUGAAGACUAAGUGCUAUGAGCCGCCACAGACCGGGAUGGUAACGAGGCUGAUGGUCCUGCAUUACUUUGCACUGUUGGUGGGUUUCGUUGUGCCUUUUGCCAUCAUCACCAUCUGUGGCAUCGUGAUCAUAAGGGCCUUGCUGAAAAAUUCAUUGCAUAAGAAGCAAGAAGCCCGCAGAAAAGCGGUCUGGAUGGUCGUCAUCGUGACUUUGGCCUUCCUGAUCAGCUUCUCUCCUUACCACGUUCAGCGCACCGUCCAUAUGCAUUUUUUGAUGAGGAAUGAUACCAGCUGUGAGGAUGUCCUGUACAUGCAGAAGUCAGUGGUGAUCACUCUUUCUCUUGCAGCUACGAACUGCUGUUUCGACCCACUUCUGUAUUUCUUCUCUGGGGCCAACUUUCGCAGAAGGCUUUCUACUUUCCGGAAGGCUUCAGCCUCCAGCAUGUCCCAAGGGCACAGAAUGAAGUUGCCCUCAAAGAACUUAGAGGAUGAAGAAUCUAAGGAGAAGAUGCAAGAAGUGAUUGAAUCGUGUCCGUCCUCUCCUUUCCAGAAGCCACAGCUGUGACGUGACAAUAAACUAGAAGAACAGUCAAGGU